AUGUCCGACGUGCAAGACCACCAAACACUGCCAGAUCCCCGGCAGGCUCGUCGUCAGGGUGUGCUCCCACCGCCCGACCAGCAUCGCAUGCCCAUCCAUCGCCACACCCAGGACGAUUUUGCUUAUUCUGAGGACUAUCUUCCGCCUCCUAAUGCGAAUGCGCUCAUGUGCCACCAAAACUAUUCCGUUCCAUCUUUCCCAUCGCACCCACACCCCGACGACCAGCAAGACUCAUACCCGCCCAUGCCUCCUCCCUACGAAGCUACCGAAAUGUUCGACAACUUCAGCAACAUGCAGAUAAGCGACCCUUCCCGAGGACCAGGUCCACAGGCGAGCAACUAUGCGAAUGCCCCAGCGUCCCGGACUGCCUGUAUCACCCGACCAGGGUUUUCGACGCAUGCCUCCUGGCCGUCCUAA